GAAGAAAUGACGAGUGUCCACUUCCAGAUUUGCAAGAAUGGGUUGGCUAUGGGGGAGCGAUAGCGCUUCGAGCGCAAAGGAUAAAUUAGACCCUUCUCUUCAAGAGUUCCUCAAAAAUGAGGCCCCUUCAGGCCAAAAGCCGACUUUGCCGUCAAAACCGAUACCACAACGUAACGAAGCUUCCAAAGCAGCUCAAACGAACCCACCGAGUCCGACCGAACCUGCUCAAUUACCCGAAAAACCCCUAGUUCCGCCUGAGUCGCAAUUCCAAGAUGGACGAUACGCACAUUUAUGGAAGAAUUAUACUCCCCAGCAUAUCCUCGACGAGCGAUCAAAAACAGAACAGGACAAAUUGAGGGAUAUCGUCGAUGCUUAUAAUGACCGCAAAGCCGAUAUUGGGCGGGUGGCUCUGGAAAACUGUGCUUUCGAAUACAUGGCGCAAUUCGACUGCUUCAGAAAUCCGAGUGUUGGUCAAAUGGCGACAUUAUGCCGGGACGAAUCGCGGAAAUUCAAUCGAUGCUACGACAUUCAAUCGAAAUUUUUGAAGGCAUUAGGUUACUUAACGUUGGAUAAAAGAACUCCGGAAGAGGACGAGAAGAUCCAAAUGCAUGCCGACAAACUAUACCAACAAUUGCUAGCCCAGGAGGCACUCAUUGCGAAGGCAAAGGAGGAGGGGAAGCCUAUACCGACAUUUGAAAGUGUGUUGUCAAAGCAAAAUGUGUCACGAGCGGCAGUCGGAAAGCCUCUUAUACCGACCGAGAUGCCAUUACCCCCAGACGCGGACGACGAAAACGACAUCUGGGCUCACAUUAAACCCUCUUCAAGAAAAGAAUACGAGAAGAAGCUGGCAACGUUACCUAAAGAAGACCAAGAGAUUGAAAGAAAAGCUCUGCUAGGAGAACUGCGGGCACAAACCGGUAUCUCCAAAAAGGUUGAGGAAACCUUUGUCGAGGAAAGGCUGAACCGUAUAAAGAGAAGGGAAGCUGGACAAGCAACGUUUGGGGAUACUAUCAAGCGGUGGUGGGGCUGGGACUGAAGCUUUAAUGAUGACUAACCGGGGUCUCUAUGUAAUACCAUGUAAAUAUAUCUACACCUUCACGUACGCAAAGCAGCUGCGCGAUGCUUUGCCUACUGCAAGCACGAAUAUGAGCCCAACAAAUAUAAUGAGCACCGCUGUUCUUCUGAC